UUGGUUUACAAAGCUGCAAGUGCGAAGCUUAGGUUUGGCUGUUUGCCGAGCUAAUGUCGAGGUUUUGAGGUCGACCUGCUUCUUGUUGGAGCUGGUUCCUGUAGUUCUUCCUCGUAUAGUCUAAGACCUGCUUUUAGGCAGGAAUAACUCUUGAGGAUGUCAACCUCGGCAAUCUUCGUUCUGGACCUCAAAGGAAAGGUCCUGAUCUCCAGGAAUUAUCGUGGAGAUGUGGAUAUGACAGUCAUAGACAAGUUUUUACCUCUAGUGUUGGAGUCCGAGGAUGAAGGCUCUUCUGCACCAAUUAUUGUGAUGGAGAAUGUCACAUUCGUCUACAUCAAACAUAACAACUUGUACAUUGUCGCCACAACGCGCAAGAAUGCCAAUGUUGCACUCAUUUUCGUCUUCUUGCACAAGCUUGUUGAGGUUUUCACCGAGUAUUUCCGAACCAUGGAGGAGGAAUCAAUCCGUGACAACUUUGUCAUUAUCUACGAGUUGCUGGACGAGCUGAUGGACUUUGGAUAUCCGCAGACCACAGAAACGAGAAUAUUGCAGGAGUUCAUUACGCAGGAAGGUCAAAAGUUGGAGAGUGCUCCACGACCACCUGCUGCCAUCACUAAUGCCGUUUCAUGGCGUAAUGAGGGAAUCAAGUAUCGCAAGAAUGAGGUCUUCCUUGAUGUUAUUGAGUCUCUCAAUCUGCUUGUCAGUGCAUCGGGCAAUGUACUCCGCAGUGAAAUCAUCGGCUCAGUGAAAAUGCGCGUAUUCUUGUCUGGAAUGCCGGAGCUGCGACUUGGGUUGAACGACAAAGUGCUCUUUGAGAACACUGGAAGGAGUAAGUCUAAAGCAGUGGAACUCGAAGAUGUCAAGUUUCAUCAGUGUGUGAGACUGUCACGAUUCGAGAAUGAUCGCACAAUCUCCUUCAUCCCGCCAGAUGGUGAAUUUGAGCUGAUGUCCUACCGUCUGAACACAGAGGUGAAGCCUUUGAUCUGGAUUGAGUCAGUUAUCGAGCGCCACUCUCACAGUCGCGUAGAGUACAUGAUCAAGGCCAAAAGUCAAUUCAAACGCCGCUCAACUGCCAACAACGUUGAGGUGAUCAUUCCCGUCCCCCCAGAUGCUGACUCGCCCAAGUUUAAGUCGUCCGUCGGUACAGUCAAGUAUGCGCCGAACUUGUCCGCGAUCGUCUGGUCUAUCAAGUCAUUCCCUGGUGGCAAGGAGUACCUGCUGAGAGCUCAUUUUGGAUUGCCCAGUGUUGAUUCCGAGGACAGCGAGGGAAAGCCACCGAUUUCAGUGAAGUUCGAGAUCCCUUACUUCACAACAUCAGGCAUUCAGGUCCGGUAUCUAAAGAUUAUUGAGAAGAGCGGUUAUCAGGCAUUGCCUUGGGUCCGCUACAUCACCCAGAAUGGAGAUUACCAGCUGCGAACAACGUAGGCUCUAUUUGCUGAAUUUAAUUAUUGGCUGGGGAAUUAUCGCCCGCUGCUUGUCCAUCGUCUCUGUUGUGAGUGAUAUAGCACAUAUCUUUGUGUGCUGCUGAUAUUUUCCUCCCUCUCUCUCUCUCUCUCUCUCUCUCUCUCUCUCUCUCUCUCUCUCUCUCUCUCUCUCUCUCUCUCAUUUACCCUUGCCAUCACAACGAUGUGAUAUUGAUACAACUGAUAUUUUAUAACUAUCCAUCCUUUGUCCUGGCCUGUACCUGUACAUGACCUGUACAUGCUUUUGUUGCUUUUGCUGUUAUUGUUCUUCUUCUUUUUUUACCCAUAAUACUUUUCUUUUCACCUGCAUCUUUUCUUUUUCGUAGCUAUUGUAUUUAGUCAAUGUCCUUACCAUUUGCCACAAUGAUAAGAGGCCGAGAGUAUCUAAUGUACUUUGAAGUACUGAUGCA